AUUGUUGUUUCACUUAAACGAGUCCUUCUUCUUCUACUUCUUCUGGCACAGGUGCAACGAUAAUUUUUCCUCUUCUUUUUCUUGUUCUUUAAUUAGAUCAACAUUAACUUUGAACCUUGAACGUAAGCUAUAGUUUUUGAAAAAAAAAACGAGUUAAAACCAUGAUUAAAAAUGCAGGAAGGAAGAUAACGAUAAUAACGGGGUGAAUAUGUGCUAUAUUAUGUGCUGUAUUCUCUAGAGAAUAUUAUGGUGGUGGCGCGAAAAAAAACAAUUAGAGUUGUGCAUCAUCAUCAUUCAAAGACUAAACGCGACACCUACGUUAAUCUUUGGAAAGAGUUUUUGGUCUUCCAUUCGAGUUUCAACAACAGGGCUAAGAGGUUGACCGUGCCAAAAGACCGAAAAAAAACGAAUAUCGGUAUGAACGUAUCAACGGUAUUUCCCGAGGGACACUCGAGAAAUGGGCAGAAAUUACAACGCGAAAAUUCUCUCGCAUCGAAAGAAGAAGAAGAAGAUCACUAUAAGGAACACUGCUUUCGCGUUAAAGAGUUCAUCGGAGUAGAAGAAGUAGCAAAACUCGAAUUUUUGGUGGCACUUUUUGCCGAAGCCCUUGGAACCUUUCUGUUGGUUCUCAUUGGUUGUGCUUCGUGUAUCACAUGGGUGGAAGGACAAGCUCCUAGUGUCCUGCACAUUGCAUUCACGUUCGGUCUUGCAGUUGCAGCUUUGGCACAGUUUUUGGGCCCGAUUUCUGGUUGCCAUGUAAAUCCUGCGGUAACGAUUGGUCUUUUCGUCAGUGGCAAUUGUUCUUUCUUAAAAUCACUUUGCUAUAUCGUUUGCCAAAGUUGUGGGGCGAUAGCAGGAGCAGUUGUUCUGAAGCUGAUAACACCAAGCGAACGAGUGAGUCAAGGAUUAGGUGCAACCGAUUUGGGUGAAGGCGUGGAAGCUGGUCAAGGUAUUGUUAUGGAAGCAAUCAUCACAUUUCUUUUGGUCUUGGUGGUUCAUGCAGUUACAGACCCGAAAAGAAGCGACACGAAAGGAUGGGCACCUCUCGCGAUAGGUUUAGCCAUUUCUGUUUCGCAUAUGGCCGCCAUACCGUUCACUGGUAGCAGCAUGAAUCCAGCAAGAUCUUUGGGUCCUGCAGUUAUCUUGACGUAUUGGUCGAAUCAUUGGGUUUAUUGGGUUGGUCCAAUAGUCGGAGGAGUCAUCGCUGGUAGUCUUUAUAAAAUGGGUUUUAGGAAUACGAAAGAAAUCGAGGAAGCUUCUUACGAUUUUUAAAUUAAUAAACAAAAGAAGGAACAAGAAAUGAGUACUCUAUUUAUUUGGUCAGUAUUAGUGAAUAUUAUUCGGGUCAGUAUUUUAUAUAAUAAAUUCAUAUUUUCUUUAGUAUAAACAAUCGGUUUUUAAUUAAACGAAAUAGAGUAAUAGCAUUGAAGAAUGUUACAUUUUAAUUCGAAUUCAAAUACUGACCCAAUAAAUAAAUAGCAGUAAAUGAAUAACGAAAGUAAAAAGGGAGGAAGAUAAAAUAAAUAAUAUUCAUUCAUUGUCUUUUUUAUCGAGCCUGGAGUUACUUCAGAAUGUACAUGUAUAUGCGUAAACCUAAUUGUAAGUUAAUCAUUUUGAAGCACCCUAUAAGUAUUAUUAAUCCAUUUGCAUCAUUAUUAUAAAUAUGCGAUUAACAACAAAGAAAGAAGUCAAAUUGAAUAAUAAUGCAAGUUUGCAGAAAAAAUUGCGUUAGAAUUAUUCGGCAUUGAAUAAAUUGUAAGUUAUUACGCUCUGAUUAUUUUUGGAUUUGCUGAUGCAAAUUGGUUAAUGCCGUUAUUACAUACUGUCACUCAUUGUCAGACCCGAUAUUUCGAUGAGCCAGAUAGUUCGAAACCGAACAUCAAAACCAAAGGGCUUAUCGAAACUCGAUUUCACAGCGUUUUCACUUAUACAUGAUCAGUAUAACGUUGCCAUCUAGUCAAAUCUUACGUUUCCAUCGUCUUUUAAAUCAUCAAGUCGAUCGUAAUCGUACAAUUCUCGAAUAUUAUCAUCAUCAAUUUUAUUCCUUUAUCGCGUUUGUUUUCUUUUAUAACGAAAUAUUAUUUGCUUUUGCUCAUACGUGUUAUACGAAUUUAUUAGAAAUUCAUAGAAAAUAAAACCUAAUCUUUCCGUCGAUCACGAACUAAGAGAUUACUUAAUUACUACAUUUCUUUCUACAAUCUCUUGUUUUAAAUGUAUAUCAUAUUUUCAGACAGAGAAUGUAUUGUUCAACUCGUGAAUAUUUAUUUUCUAUGAAUAAUUAUCGUUCUCUUCGCGCGUUUCUAUUAUUAAAACUAUUUAUUAUUUGUCAUAAUCAUGUAAUAUAGAACGCGGUAAUGAGAACUUUCCUAAAUUUUAAUAUACAUUUUAAUAAGAAAAAAAGAAAUAUAUUAUCGAGAUAAAAAACGAUUAUAUAGUUUUGUAAUAUAAAUAGUUAAAAAAAAAAGAAGAAAAAAAUACAAAGAGAUCUGUAAAAGGUGUAACAUAAUUAUUAUCAUACACUUGUAUUCAUACUCGUAAAUAUUUAACAAUAAUUUAUGUAUUAUAUAUAUAUAUA